AUGGUCGCCUUAAGAGCAUCGUUUGCGGCAUUGACCGGCAUCGUGGCUUUGUCCUCUGCAUUGACCGUGGAGAGAGAUCAGGUGACACCGGUCUUCGAGGAAACUCAUGUUCCUGGCGCAUUCAUCGUCGAGUUUUCCGACAAUCAAGACGGUGCCGCAUUCCUCAACCAGCUCAAGACAGAAACUGGCGCAACUGGGGUCUCCCAGCGUCUCAGCCUCGAUUCCAAGGUCUUCAAGGGCGUGUCCAUCCAUGUCGAGGGCUCCAACAACGAGACAGCCCAAAAGAUUGCCGGACUCCCGCAAGUCAAGAAACUCUGGCCGGUCCCAUUGAUCAGUGUACCUAAGCUGGAGAUCACCUGGACCGGCAAAGACAAGACCUCAUCCAAAUACAAACGCCAAACAAACUCCACAGAUAAUUGGCCCCCUCACGUCAUGACGCAAGUCGACAAGCUCCGCGCCAAGGGCUUCAUCGGCACAGGCCUGAAGAUCGGCAUCGUCGACACGGGCAUCGACUACACCCACCCCGCACUAGGCGGCUGCUUCGGCCCAGGGUGUCUCAUCGAGUUCGGAUCCGAUAUUGUCGGUGACUCCUACGACGGCACGAACGCGCCCGUUCCCGACGCGGAUCCCUUUGAGAACUGCCUGGGUCACGGCACACAUGUCGCCGGCAUCAUUGCUGCGAUGGAGAACCCCAUGGGCUUCACUGGUGCGGCGCCGGGGGUGAAGUUGGGUAUGUACCGGACCUUUGGCUGUAACGGACAGACGACUGGCGAUGUUCUGCUCGCUGGUGUGAUCCAGGCCUUCGAAGAUGGUAGCGACAUCAUCACCGGAUCCAUUGGAGGGCCGAACGGUUGGGCUGGAGAGGCGUUUGCCGUCACUGUUUCCAGGAUCGUGGAUGCCGGCGUACCCUGCACUUUCGCCGCUGGUAACGAAGUUGGUGGUACGGAGGGCCUUUUCGGUAUUAGUACACCGAGUACCGGUGACGGUGUGAUAUCCGUCUCAUCCUACCAAAGUCAGGGAGCGGAUAGCGAGGGAAAGGUAUCUGCUUUCACGAGCUGGGGUCCGACCUUUGAGCUUAAGCUUGCGCCGAGUUUCGGUGCCCCCGGUGCCGGUAUCUUGAGCACAUGGCCUGUCGCUCUUGGAGAAUAUGCUGAAGCAUCAGGCACAUCCAUGGCAACUCCUCUCGUUGCCAGCAUCGUGGCUCUUGUAUCACAGGCUCGAGGAACUAGAGACCCAGAUUUGAUCAAGAGGCUGCUGGCUUCAACCGCAAAGCCAAACCUCUCACAGAAUUACGGAGUCGACAACAUCGAAGCCGGUCUUGGCCCUGUGCCGCAACAAGGAGCUGGUAUGGUCCAGGCCUACGACGCAGCGUACGCAACCUCCGUUUUGAACGUCGCCAGUCUAUCAUUCAACGACACCGACAACUUCAUCUCCGAGACCAACUUCACUGUGACAAACAUUGGAGACACAACGGCAACGUACAAUGUGUCCCACAUCCCAGCCUUGACUGCCACAACUCUCACCGACAUCUAUCGUCAAAGCUCUCCCGAGCUCUUCACGACGUACGCGACUCUGAAAUUUGAACCAUCAAGCUUUAGCUUGGAGCCCAAUGCCACCGGUGAAGUUCGUAUCAGCGUGGUCCCUCCCAAAGGUUUGGAUGCGGCAGUUCUCCCGCUAUACUCGGGUUGGGUCGCUCUUAAUGGUACUAAUGGCGAUGGUGAGAUCGCACUUUCGGUCCCUUACAUCGGCGCUGCUACGUCUUUGAAGAACAUCACAGUCCUUGCUGCGAAACGCCUCAUCUUCAGCCGCAGUGACGAUCCAAGAAGCCCAGACGUACCCGCUAACACCACGUUCCAGCUUUCCGUCCCAGCUGCGCAUCCUGACUGGGCCUUGCCCCUGGCCAACACUUCGGGUCUCAUUCUUCCCCUCGGAGCUUUGCCUAACCAAUUUUUGUGGUUGGUCAUGGGAAGCUCCGAGGUUCGUCUCGAGGCCGUGCCAGUUGCAUCGCUGGGAUCUGAGCCCAAUCCGGAUGCCAAGGACAAUGGCCUUGGUGUGGUGAGCCUUGGAAACGUGGCGGGAUACCCAAUGACUUAUGUGAGGCCCAUUGGAUGGAUGAGCCCGUGGGAUGGGAGCUUGGCGGAUGGCUCUUGGGUGCCGGCUGGCAAAUAUAAGCUCAGCAUCUUUGCUUUGAAAAUCAUGGCGGAUAGAAGCCUGCCGGAGAGCUGGGAUCGUUAUGACUCUCCAGAGUUCAUCAUUCGUUACGUGGACGCAUGA